AUGCGCGCCGUUUACACCCUCAUCACCCUCCUCGCCGCCACCGUCGCCGCCCGCUUCGACGGGCCCUGUGUGGACGUCGAGUGCGGCACCGCCCGCACCAACUGCGAGGCCGACGGCAUGAUCUGCGUGCCCUUCCCCAGCGUCGACCUCGAGAAGCGCAAGGGCUGCACCUGCUCCGUUGGCUAA